AUGAACAAUUCAAACGAAUAUUUUGGAAAUACUAUUACAAAUGAAUUAUAUAAGAUUAUUUACGCAAAACUAUUAAAAAGCCAUCAGGGACAAACAAAUGAAAUAGAUAUAGAUAACAUUACGAAACAAUUAGAAUCGCCUCAAAAAGAACAAUUUGUAUCAUUGUUUAUUGAAUUAAAAACCAAAAAUGAUCCUUUAGACACGAAUUAUGUACUUCGACUAUGUCAUAGAUUAUUAGAACAAAACAAAUCAAAUGCGUCAUUCUUAUGUACUGAUCAAAUAAUAAGUCAGAAUAAACUUAAUCCUCAACAUUUUGGACAACAAACACAAUUUAAAGUUGACAGUCGAGAACGAAAUGAAACCAAAUUGCCAUACGAUUUGUUUGGGGAUACAUUGCUAGCAGAUAGAAUGAAUUUUUCAACAGGUAAAUCAUUAAAUAUAAUUGUAUUUAGACGCAAAAAAAAAUAUAAUUUAAAUCUAUAUGGCCAAGACAUUAAAUGGCUUGAAUCGGACAAAGAAACCGCGUGCAUAACAAUUCCAAAUUUAGAAUUUGUGUUAACACAAGUCAAUGAACUUGGACGUCUGCAUAAAAUUAUCAAAGACUACAUAAACGACGACAGCGAACACAACGGUAGUGUAGCCAAAGCUUUAAGAUUUAGUUUACAAGAGAAAAUUAAUUCAUAUUACGUAUAUGUAAAUAAUUGGUUACAUACCAACCUUGAGGUAUUAGAACAUUCUAAGGACUACUUACACAUGUUCAUCCCUUUAGACCAUGAUGUAAUGAUAAGGUACAAAUGUCUAGCAAAAGUUGUAAAGAAUGCUAAAGGCAAGAGUGGCUGCAAUUUAAUAUCGUCAGUGAUUCACUCCAGAAUUCGUGAAAUUGAAAAUAAAAUGUUUAAUGAGAUCACCGAACCCAUACGGGCGAUGAUUCUUCGUUGGAUGAUAGACGGUGAAUUAGAAGAUAAACAUGGUGAAUUUUUUAUAGUGGAAAACCCGUCUGAAAGUUAUUGGAAUAACAGCCACGUAUUAAGUUCCACGAACACAUUAGAUUUUCUCAACGAAUAUCAGAUAACCGAAAUUUAUCAAACUGGAAAAAACAUGAGAUUACUGUUAAAAAUGUUUAGUCCAAAAAUAAAAACAAAAAUUAAUAAACUUAGAGAAAAUAUCAAAAUCCUAGCUUCUAGUGAAGACGGAUUCAAUAUUAUGUCGUCUGACAAAUGUAGUAAAACAUCAAAAAUAAUAUUCGACUCGUGUGAUCAAUCGUCUGCUUUAUUAAUGGAAGUGUUAAUUGGUGAUUAUGAUUUGUAUCAACACUUCGAAGGAUUUCGAAAUUACAUGUUACUUGGUCGUGGAGAUUUUUACACUUAUGUAAUACACGAGUUAGAACCAUAUUUUGGAAAUAACGAAUUACAUAAUUAUCAAUUGAAAGAUAUUAUAAAAAAUGCUUAUGUUUUAACAUCUACUGGAAAUGAUAGUAAGAAGCUAUUUAAUAACCUGAAAUAUAGAAUCGAUAUAACCAAAAAGAUGAACUGGGACUGUAUCAAAUUUGAGUACAAGAUUGAUGAACCUUUAAAUCAAAUAUUCGGUCCUUACCUUAACUACUAUACGAAAGUUUUUCAAUUCAUAUGGCGACUAAAAAAUGUAGAUUGGAUAACACAUAAAAUAUGGCAGGAACUUGUCAAUUUUGUAAAAAAAUCAUACAAAAGGAUUGAACUGAAAUUGGUCUUGAGAAACAUAAACGCAUUUCUAUCAAACAUGUUAAGCUGCGUAAACGAAAUUCAAAGCUUCAUGUUUGAAAUGAUUAACGACGAAUGGGAACAGUUCAAAAAUGAAACCUAUCGAGCUACUUGUGUCAAAAUGGUUAUGGAUGCUCAUAUGUCGUUCUUAGAAUCAAUUACGAAAUGUUUAGACGACGGAUCCGUGUCUUUGGGCGCGUAUGUUGAUUCGUUGAAAAUACAUGUCAAAAGGUUUUCUAAUAUUUUCCGUUGUUUCGUUAUUGAUACGACAGAAUCGUUGUCCGAAGACUCGAAUACCAGAAAGUACAGCGAAAAUCACGAAGAAAUUAUAAAUACAUUUAUGGACAAUUUCAGAGAUAUAAAAAAAAAAUUUGAGAUGGAACUCUACGACUUUUUGAUAAAACUUAAGGGUAGUGCAAUACAAGGGCUAGGAACACUAGCCUUGAGGAUUGACUUUAACGGCUAUUACUCGUCUAACGCGAGUUGCAUACAUUGGGCUAGACCGUGUGUAAUUAUGGAUUGAUCGCGAGUAGUACCAACGCCUAUGGCUUAUACAAUAUUGUUGUUUAAUUUUUUGGGGGGGAUAGUUCAAUAAAUAGCAGUGUCAAAUAAUCCG